AUGAAUUAUUUAUUUAAUGCAUAAUAGAAUUAGAUAAUUACAUCUGUUAAGAGCCCUUCCAAAAAAGGAUCACUUUAUUAACUCACAAACGAAUAAAAAAUUAAUCAAGAUUUUUAUAAAUAUGAAGGAGAAGAGUAAGAUUUAGAUGGAUCAAAAAGAAGAAUUUCUUGUGAUAUACUCUUAAGAUAUAGUGAUUAGUUGAUGAGAUGCUUGGAUGAAUUGAUACAACAACCAUAAGAUAACAUUAUAAGAUAUUUAGAUUUUUUUAUAUAUCAAGAAAAUCGCUACCUAUAUAUAAUUUAUGAACAUAUAAAAUAGGAAUAAUUUUUAGAUUAUCAAAUAUAUAAUAAUCAAUUGGUUAGAGAUUAAAAAAUUUAAGUUUGUACUGAUAUUGCUUAAGGAAUAUAUCAACUUCAUUAAUUAAGUUAUCGACAUAGAGAUAUAAAUCCAAAAAAUAUUUGUUAAGUAAACGGAAAAUUUAAAUUGACAAAUUUAAAUCAUACAGUUCAUUUUAUCAUGAAGGAUAAGUUAGAUAGAGUAGGGGAUAGUUCUUAUUGGAGUUAAGAAUUAUUAAAUGAAACAGAAUAAAAUGAGACAAUUGACAUAUUUGCUUUUGUAUGUGUUAUGUUUGAGGUUUUUUCUUCACAAAAGUUAUUCAACAAUACGAAUAAUAGGUUAAAAAUCCCAUAAGAUAAGAAGCAAUAAUUCUAAGAAAUUCCUGAAAAUAUAAAAUAAUUUAUCUAUUAGGUAAUUGAAGGGAAUAAAAGAGAUUUGAAAUAAUUUAUAGAAAGUUCGGGUGUGGUUUUAAAUGAAGAUAAGAAACAACCAUAAAAUAAUGUAGUAUAAUAGAGAUAAACGAUGGCCACGCAAUUUAUAGCAAAUAAUGAAUUUAGGAAUGAUAUGAAAUAAUAUUUGCCAGCUUAAUUUGGAUAUCGUGCUUCAAAUUAAACAGUAGCAACGCCAAUGUAAUUUGGAACAAUAAAGCCAUAAUUUAAUUAAUUUCCAAACCCACCACAAUCAGCAACAUUAUAACCUUAAUAGUCAUAAUAAUUCUCAUUUUAACCAUUUUAAUAAUAAAAAGCUUAAUAUCCAUUUUGGUAGCAGGCACCCUACUAAUAAUAAAUGUUUAAAUAGAGCACAGGUUCUUAGAAAAAAUUUCAGACUGCUACAAAUUUAAAUGAGUAGGGUUUUUAAUAAGUGAGUCAGUAGAUUUAAUUUAAUCCAAAUGCUAAUGUUUAAAAUUUCUAAUAAUAAGCAGUAUAGAUUUUAGCCACAGAUUAAGUGAAUGAAAUAAGUCUAGUUAAGAAUAAUUCGUUAUAAAAUGAAUUUUUUUAAACAAAUUAGUUUACGAAAGAGGGAGAAGAUGAAAAGGAUAUUUUUAAGUGUUAAAUAGAUACUUAGAAGGAGGAAAGAGAAAGGGAGUAAUAAAAGUAAAUGGAAAUAAGGAAUUAGAUUUAGAAAAUAGUGAAGUGCGGAUAUGUAGAGGGUAUAGUGUAAAAUGUAAUAGAACAAUUAAAAAUGAAUGAAUAAUAAAAAAUAGAGUAAAUUUUAAGUAAUAUGAUUGUGAGAAAUGUAAGACUAAGAAUAGAUAGUAUGAUUUGA